AUGCACACCGCGGAGCAGCAGGAGCAGCCGCAACACGCGCCAUUCGACGGCACCAACCCCGUCGACAACUCCUCCAAACCUCGGGAUGAUUCGCUUCCGGCCGCGCCCGAUGGCACCGUGUCGGUCCAGGUCACCCGCAAGCAGCCCGCCGGCACCGGGCGCCCGGUCCCGCUCUCGCCCAAUGGAGCCAAGGAGGCGACGCCUCCUCAGAAGCCACCAGAGGCAGCGGCGCCGGCCAAGCUGCUCGCGCUCGUCGGUACGCCCAAGAACGAGAUCGAGCAGCGCGUGCUCGAGAAGAUCCAGCUCGAGAUGACGCCGACCGCUGUCCGCGCGCUUCUCGCGCUCGGUGUGCAGACGCGGGAGCACGUGAAGCUGUCGAAUCUCGUCACCACCACUUCGGAGGAUACGGCAGCCUGCUGGUUCUGCCUCGCCGCCGCCACCCACGAGAAGUUCUGCCUGCUGCCGCCGGUGCUGCAGCCGAUGGCGCCCAGCGCGCCGCUCGCCACGCCAUCGAAUACCUGCGGCAAGCUCGUCGGGGUCGUCGGCAACUACGGGCCCCUCCGCAACGGCCAAUCAGAGACGCACCUGACCUUUGACGACGCCGGGAACUGCAAGUCCACGUCGAUGCGUUUGCUGCAGAAGCUCAUGACCGACCUCUUCAAGCGGAGCGGCGCGGCGAGCGGUCUAGAGGAGGGCGCGAUGCUGCCGCUGCUCGGCACGCUCGUCCACUUCCUCUUUGACAUCUUUCCGGCCCUCGCCAGCGUCAACGUCGGCGGCGGCAAGCGCGCCAGCUCCGACAAGCUGUGCGCCGACGCGAUCGACAAGCUGUACCCGCAGAUCUUUGCCUUCCUCACUGCGUACUUCACCGACAAGCGGAAGCUCGGCUUCGACACGGUACUGAUCGCCUUCAUCGGCGGCGGCACCGACCGUGGCAUCGACCUCGUGAGCCAGGCGGUCAUGGCCGCGGGCAUGAAGCUCGACGUCCUCGAGUGCUCCUUCAAGAAGGGCCGCCAGGCCGGCGCGCACCCGGAGCUGCUCAAGGACGCGAGCGCCCUCAACUACCGCCUGCCGCACGCGCGCUCUCUCGACAAGAUUGCCAAGGGCCUGAUGCGACCGCGCGUCGUGUCGCUCGGUUUCACCGUCCCGCAGGGCCCCGGCCGCGCGGAGCUCAGGCUGCUGGAGGACUCGGCCUUCUCGGACGCCGAGAAGGAGAAUAUCAUGAAGACGGCGUCCGAGAAGGCCAACAAGGGCGGGCGGAAUGAGGACCUCCCGGUGGGCGUCACGCGGGGGGAAGGCGCGACAGGGAAGUACCGGGCUGCCUUCAGCUCGACCCGCUUUGGGCGCGGCUCACUCCGUCUUUCUGGCACGCUCAACUCCCUCGCCGACGCGGAGCAGCUCGCCGCCUCCGGCCGGCAGCUCGUCGUAGAGAUGGACGACUUUCUCAAGGACUUCAAACAGCCGGACGCGAAGCGGGUCUUCCGCAGCGUCCUGGCGCAGAAAGAGCCGGAGCUCAUGCAGGGCACCUUCGUCCGCGGCGACGAGACGGUGCUGCCAGCCACCUCGAAGUUCAUCCAAUGCGACGGCUGUGACGUGUGGCGGUGGCUGCCGCCGGGCCACGUCUACUCGGACAAGGACCGGUGGCUUUGCCACAUGCACCCGGCAGAGGGCCAGGCGGCGGCGCCGACUGCUUCGCUUCCUCCCUCGCCGCGCCCGCAGCAUGAGCCCGAGUCGGGCGAGCUGACCUGGGAGGAGCUGCAGCGGAGGCGCUUCGAGUCGCGCGAGCUGACCUGGGAAGAUCUGCAGCGGAUGGGCAACCGCGGCGCAAAGAGCAUAUCGUCGCUCUUUGACGCGUGCGGGCUGUCUUUCACGGCCAUCCAGCCCACGCGGUCUCCCGACGCCACCGACGACGCAAGGCGCGAUGCUUUGGCAAGGCACUUCGGGAUGAACCGCCCGGGCCAGUGCGCUACUUGCGGCGCGCAACUCCUGCUCAAGUACGCGCACCGUACCAUGUGCUGCCGCUAUGCGUGUCUUAAGGCGGCUGCGGCGAAGCGGCGGGCGCGGCAUGCCGAUGGCAGUGCGGACGAUGCGAGACUCGGCGUGAAGCGCCGCCUCGACGGCGAGCUCGCGAGCGCGCGCGUCAACGACGACGACGCCAAAGAAGGCGACACCAUUAUGGUGGACGCCGCACAGAUGGCCGCUGCGGCGGCCGCCGGCACCGACCGCGGCACGAAGCGCCUGCUGCACGUCGCGCUCGCGGCGCGCGACGGCAAGCACAUCCCGGACAUCUAUCCAGAAUACGACGGCGCUCGCUGCGAGGCGCAGCCGGCGAGCGCGAUCAGCGUGCCCAUCAUCGGCACGUCGCGGGCCGUCUGCGUCGCCUUCAGCGGCGAGAGCGAGGCACGAGCCUUCCUCGAGCACCACGCCGGCGGCGGGGCGACGGAGUCCGACGGCCUCAUCGCCAUCCGCACCCCUAGCCGCACCCGCGGCGCCAUCAACACGGCCGCCCAGAUCGAGCACUUUACCCCUCUGCUCCAGAAGCACUUCGGCAACGUCGUCUCCGUCCAAGAGGGAUAUCACUCUUUCCUGGGCGCCAAGUCGGACGAGAACGACGGCUCUAUCCUCUUCAAGGUGAAGAACGAGAACCUCGCCUGCAACCUCCUGGUCCUGCCCAACGUCUACGCGAGCGGCGAUGUCGGUGGACCUCUCCGCCUCGAUGUCGGGUGCGUGAAGGUCCUCGGCAACAAACUCUGCCCCUCCUGCCGCGCAUUUGGGUUGACCAACGCCGACAUCAUCCACGACGCGCAGUGCGCCGCGCAGGCACUCAAGGCCAGGCGCGCCGUAGCGGCGAACGUCGCGAAGAAGAAGACCUUCCAGAGCGUCAUCGUCGACAACAAGGUCGAGGUCGCGCGCGCGGCGGGCAAGAACAGCGCUCGCUGCCGCUACGCGCCGUGCGUCAACUUUGAGGCGCUCCUCCACACCGCCUUCAAGGACACCGUCUACGAGCGCAUGCCGAGCGCGUCCAACGAGCCCUCGCUCUACGAGGGGAGCGACGAGGAGUUCUAG